AAUUUCCACACAUAAGUCAUAACUCAUAACAUAACAAUUCAUUCACACAUCCAUCCAUCCAUCUAUCCCUCAAACAAACAACUCGUGAACUCCCAUCUCCUAACCACCCUUUCCGGUCCUAACUCUCUCUCUCUCUCUCUCCUAACUUGUAAAACUUUUAACCUAACCAACAACCUCAAUUUUCUCUCUCCUCCCAACCUUUCAUGGUGCUAUGGCUUUCGAGGUAGAACCACAUCCUCCUUUCAACGACGACGACUUCGACGACGAUGACGACGACAGUGAACCUCUAAACGGCGCCGUUCCAGAUGACGAUGUCGCCGGAGAUUCCGAUUCUUCUUCCGCCGGAGAUUCCGUCAUCGCCGGAGAUGUUGAAGCAGAUUCCACCGCCGUUACUGUCGCCAUUCCUUCCUCUUCAAUCUCUGUCGCUGUUUCCGUUCCUCCUCCGACGUCAGUUAACGCUGUUACAAUCGCGUUACCUGACCCUAAACGUCACCGUAUUGAUCCUCUGGUAUCCUCUUCUCUCAUCGUAACUCCAGAGAAGAAGCCGAUCGAUGAUUCUAGAAGGUUGUUUCAACGUCUAUGGACUGAUGAAGACGAGAUCGAGCUUCUUCAAGGUUUUCUAGAGUAUACAUCUAGCCGUGGUACGACGUCGUCUGGUCAUCAUCAUGAUACGGCGGCGUUUUAUGAUCAGAUCAAGUCUAAGCUGCAAUUGGAGUUUAAUAAGAAUCAGUUGGUUGAGAAAUUGAGGAGGUUGAAGAAGAAGUAUCGGAAUGUUUUGAGUAAGAUGAGUUCUGGUAAAGAUUUUGUCUUUAAGAGUCCUCAUGAUCAAGCUACGUUUGAGAUUUCAAGGAAGAUUUGGACUAAUUUGUCCCCUAAUUUUCGAGGUGUUGUUGAAUUUGAUGAUGACGAUCAAAACCCUAACCCUAACCCUAAUUCGGUUCUAGCAGCAGGGACGCCUCCGAGGCCACCGAAUAGCAGCUUUGUGAUAAGUCAUAUCAACCUCAACAGCGCGGCGGGGGGUUCGACACCGAUGAUGGUGGAUCAUAAGGCAGGUAGCACUGGUAGUUAUAAUAAUAACAAUAAUAAUAGUAUUAAUAGUAAUGCUGUUGGUUUUGAUAUUAUGAUGUCCAAUUUGAAUAGUCCUGCUGCAAAAUUGUCGUCGAGGAAGAGGCCUAGGGUGAAAGUGGAGGAGAAGUUUGGGAGGAAUGUGAGUUUGGGAGGGAAUGUUGGUGGAGAGGGUGGGAUUAAUGUGAACGAAAAUAGUAUUAAUCACAACGCGAAUAAUAAUAAUACUAAUAAUAUUAGUAGUAGUAAUAUCAAUCUUGGUUCAACAAUGCAGGGGUUGAUAGAGGAGGCUGUGAGGAGUUGUUUGUCGCCUUUGGUUAAGGAUUUGGUGAGUAAUGCAGUGAAUGGGACCGUUAUGGCAGGCAGUGGUGGUGGUGGGAUCAAGGGCGUCGGGGCUUUGGCAUUAAAUGCCGUUCCCUUGAAUUUUUCAGGGCCGAAUUUGGUGGGGAAUAAUGGCGGGGAUGUAAUGGAUGAGAAGUGGAGAAAACAGCAAAUUUUGGAGCUUGAGGUGUAUUCGAAGCGUUUGGAGUUGGUUCAAGAUCAAAUUAAGUUGUCGUUGGAGGAGCUCAGGUCAAUGGGGAGUUAAAAGUUUGGUUCUUGGGGGGUGAUCGGAGUAGGUUAGUUGAUGUGAUUUGAGUUUCUCUAAUUUUUUCCUGGUUGAUCAAUGAUCGAAUAUCAAUUUGCUGAUUAUAUAUGUGUAGGUAGUACCUUUGAGUUCAUAGAUAUUCUCUUUUUUAGUUUGACAUAAAAGAGAGCUGUUGAAUAAUGUUUAUUCUAUGUGUGUAGCUCUUUGCUCAAUGCAAAAUUUCAUGUAUAGCAAUGAUUUGAUGAAUAGAGAAGGCAGGAUUCAUAUUGA